AUGGAAAAGUUCUCCAAGUAUAACGAUCCUUUUUCUGGAAUAAACCCAUUUGUUAAUUCUAGGAGAAGUUCCAUCUCAAUCUUUGGAUAUUUCAAAAUACUUCUGAAGAUUCCUCUUGUUCUACUUCUUCUAGGGACAAACAUAAAUGUUGUCCAGUUUCUGAUUAGGAUUAAUUCAAAUAAGAAGGUAAAGCCUAAAGUUCUGGCUUCUAAUGCAUCCUCCUUCCUUGACAUAUUUGUUUUGAAGUAUCUUACAGGUAUCAAUAACUUCUACUAUGUCACCGAGUCAGGCUUCAUGGAUGCUAGAAAUGGACGUUUCUACAAAAAGAUUGCAGAGCCUUGUGUGUUGUUCCCAGAGGGUUGUCAAACCAACAACAGGGCCAUUCUUCAGUUUGUGAGGAAUGUUGAGGUCGAUCAUGUAUGUGGAAUAAGGUACAAAGGAGAAUGUAUAAACAUGUAUGGAAAUUUCAUGAGAUUCAUCUUUGGAUUUCUUGCAUCUAGAAACAUUGUGGAUGUCAGGUUCAAGAAGAGUUCAGACCUGGAUGAUAUCUGUAAACUUUCUUCUCUUCCGCAAGUGAAAUGGACAUCAAAAGAUAAGGACAGGUUCAUGGAGGAGUUUGUUAAGAAAUCCUAA